AAACGGUAAAUCUUGCCCUAACUGUCGCGCACUAUAUCCUGCGUCACCGGCUGCUGCUCACACAGGAAAGUAGUCCCGGUUCGUGAGGGGAAUAAAAUCUGUCGUCCCAGUGGAACCAGUGGCGCCUUCGUCCCUGCAAAGUUUACCCAGUAGGACUUUUCCUGCAGACACGGAUCCAGUCAUGUCGAAGCCAAAGGAUACGAGCUCUUCCAUCCUGCACAGCCAGCAGAUGCAUGCUGCCAUGGCGGACACCUUCAUUGAGCACAUGUGCCUGCUGGACAUCGACUCUGAACCUGCUGUGUCUCGCAACACCGGCAUCAUCUGCACAAUCGGACCUGCCUCCCGAUCUGUGGAAAUGGCCAAGGAAAUGAUCAAGGCUGGGAUGAACAUUGCAAGAAUGAACUUCUCUCAUGGCACACACGAAUAUCAUGCUGAGACCAUCAAGAAUGUCCGUGAGGCAGCUGAGAGCUUCGGGCCAGGAUCUGCUGACUACAGACCGGUGGCCAUCGCUUUGGACACCAAGGGACCAGAAAUCAGGACCGGACUUAUCAAGGGCAGUGGCACUGCUGAGGUUGAGCUCAAAAAGAAUGAAACCAUCAAGCUCACCCUUGAUGACCAGUACAUUGACAAAUGUGAUGAGAAAAUUCUGUGGCUUGACUACAAGAAUAUCACCAAGGUUGUCCAGAUUGGAAGCCACAUCUAUGUUGAUGAUGGUCUGAUUUCCCUCAAGGUCAAAGAAGUUGGCAAUGACUACCUGAUAUGUGACAUUGAGAAUGGUGGUAUGCUGGGCAGCAAGAAAGGCGUCAACCUGCCUGGAGCUGCUGUCGACCUGCCCGCUGUGUCUGAGAAGGACAUUAAAGACCUGCAGUUUGGCGUGGAGCAGGGUGUUGACAUGGUCUUCGCCUCCUUCAUCCGUAAGGCUGCUGACGUUCAUGCUGUCAGGAAAGUGCUGGGUGAGAAGGGCAAGAACAUCAAGAUCAUCAGCAAGCUGGAGAACCAUGAGGGUGUGCGCAGAUUUGACGAGAUUCUGGAGGCUAGUGAUGGCAUCAUGGUUGCCCGUGGAGACCUGGGCAUUGAAAUUCCAACAGAGAAGGUCUUCAUCGCGCAAAAGAUGAUGACUGGCAGGUGCAACAGGAUCGGCAAGCCCAUUGUCUGUGCCACACAGAUGCUGGAGAGCAUGACCAAGAAACCUCGUCCUACUCGUGCUGAGGCCAGUGAUGUCGCCAACGCCGUGCUGGACGGCAAUGACUGUAUUAUGCUGAGUGGUGAAACCGCCAAGGGAGACUACCCCCUGGAGGCCGUGCGCACACAGCACAUGGUUGCCCGUGAAGCCGAGGCAGCCAUGUUCCACAGGCAGAUGUUCGAGGAGCUUCGUCGCAUUACUCAUCUGACCCGUGACCCCACAGAGUCUGUUGCUGUUGGUGCCGUCGAGGCUUCUUUCAAGUGCUGCGCCAGCGCCAUCAUCGUGCUCUCCAAGACUGGCAGGUCUGCUCACAUGCUGUCGAAGUACAGGCCCCGUGCCCCCAUCAUUGCUGUGACCCGCUGUGGCCAGACAGCCCGCCAGGCCCACCUGUACCGCGGCAUCUACCCUGUGCUCUACACAAAGCCUGCCAACGAUGUGUGGGCCGAGGACGUUGACCUGCGUGUGAACUUUGCCCUGGAAGUUGGCAAGCACCGCAACUUCUUCAAGUCCGGUGAUGUGGCCAUUGUUGUUACCGGCUGGCGCCCUGGUUCUGGUUACACCAACACUAUGAGAAUUGUGCUGGUGCCUUGAACUUUAUCAGAGGACAUUAGUAACCAUUCCCCCUCCCCUGUCCUGUAAUUUCCUGCCCGUCUGUGAUGGACUGAUCUUUUCUGCUGGUCUUCAUAACCAACAGAAACUGAAAACCAGGCCUCUCCUUCAAAGGACUUUUGAUGGUGUCAUUCACAGACAGUAACUCCCUGCUUCCUAUCAUCCAUACAUGUAAUUUAUUGUGAAAAUCCUGCUGCCAGAGACUGAACCCAAAACCUUCUAUUGGAAACUUGCAUGUGCCAGCUCAGAUUACACGGUGAACAGAGUGGAAAUCAGCUUUUCCUCUGCAAGUACGUGCGGGUUCUUUGUCCAGGGAUAAACAUAAGAAUGUACUGUUACCGUCUUCUCAUGUUAGUACAAAGUGUAAUUGUGAAGUGAUCUGGCAUUGACUGCAUUUCCAUCCAUUAAAAGGAAUUCUGGGUUCAAA